AUGAGUGUCACAUUCGAAGUUUUCCGUGGCUCAAAGGAGGGAAAGAUUGUUGCCGACACAACCACUCGGAGUUUGGAACCCACUGAGGUCUACAUUGAGACAACACACUCUGGUCUCUGUGGUACAGACGAGCAUGCUCUGUGCACAGGAAUGGUCCUUGGCCAUGAGGGUGUAGGUAUCGUACGCCAACUUGGUCGGGAUGUCAAGAACGUGAAGGUCGGAGACCGUGUUGGAUUCGGAUACACCCACUACGUGUGUGGUACCUGUGAGAAGUGUUUGAGUGGCUGGGAUCAGUACUGUGAAAACAAGAGGGAAUAUUUCACUCAUGAUCAUGACAUCGGAUCCUUCAGUGGUGGAACCGUAUGGGAUGCUAGCUGUGUUAUUCCCAUCCCUGAUAACUAUGAUCCUGCCGACGCAGCACCUCUCAUGUGUGCUGGUGCUACUGUAUGGACUUGUUUGAGCGAAUACGGUGUCCGCUCCACUGAUCGAGUGGCCAUCAUGGGCGUUGGUGGUCUCGGCCACCUGGCGAUUAAGCUCGCAGCUGCCAUGGGAUGCCACGUCGUUGUGUUCUCUAGCUCUGAAGCUAAGAGACAAGAGGCCUUCGAUUUUGGAGCCUCUGAGUACCAUGUGUUCCGGGCCGGAGAAGAGCUGAAGGACUGCAAGCCUGUCAACCAUCUGCUGCUCUGUGGCAGUGCGAACGUUGACUAUUCCUCUCUUAUCCCAUUGAUGGAUGUUCACGGAUCUAUCUACCCACUCACUGUUGACUUUGCCCCAUCGCCGGUCCCAAUGCUGCAGAUGAACAUGAAGGGCCUCCGUAUUCAGGGAUCUCUUGUUGCUUCUCGGAAAACUCUUCGUUCCUUGCUGCAGUUUGCUGCCGAUAAGAAGAUUGUGCCUACCACGAUGAAGUUUUCAUUGAACAAGGAGGGAGUCGAGGAAGCCAUGGAGACACUUCGUCAAGGCAAGAUGCGAUACCGCGGUGUUUUGGUGCGUUGA